CAGUCUGUCUCUGCAUAAUCGUGAGUAGUUGUGUUUGCUGGGUCACUCAUCACCAUUGCUCGGUGCGAACACAAGGGGAAAUCAUGGCAGCGCAUCGGGUCAUCGUCUACGGCGGAAAGGGAGCAUUAGGUUCUGCAUGUGUUCAUCAUUUCAAAUCUAAAGGAUGGUGGGUAGGCAGUAUCGACAUAGGAGCGAAUGAGGAAGCGGACGCGAACGUGUUGGUGAAGUUGUGCGAGUCCUUUACACAACAAGCUGGACAGGUGACAGCAGAUGUGGCCCAGUUGCUAGGGGAACAGAAAGUGGAUGCCAUCUUGUGUGUGGCGGGGGGAUGGGCGGGAGGAAAUUGCAACUCGAAAGAUUUGUACAAAAACGCAGAUAUGAUGUGGAAACAGAGUGUUUGGACCUCCACCAUCUCCAGCCACUUGGCCUCCAUUCAUCUGAAAGCUGAAGGACUGUUGACUUUGUCUGGGGCUAAAGCUUGUCUUGCUGGCACUGCUGGGAUGGUGGGUUAUGGGAUGGCGAAGGCAGCAGUCCACCAGCUAUGCCAGAGCCUGGCGGGGGAUGACAGUGGCCUGCCCUCUGGAGCGGUUGCCGUGGCCACCCUCCCGGUUACCUUGGAUACGCCAAUGAACAGGAAGUUCAUGCCUGACGCAGAUUUCAGCUCCUGGACUCCUCUGGAAUACAUAGCAGAAACGUUCUUCCUGUGGUCGACUGGCGUGGACCGACCAGCGUCAGGCAGCCUGAUGCAGCUGGUCACCUCCGGGGGCAGCACUCAGGCCGUCCCCACACAGUAGGGGGGAAGGAGGGAUGAAUGGAGGAGAGGGAGAGGAGGUGUGACAGAUCGUUAGAGAUUGUUAGAGAAGGAGAGAGGAAGGAAGUGGGUAAGGGUUUGUAUG